AUGGUUCCCGGUGCCCAGGCCUGCGACCCAACCCCCGCGGGGACCCCACCGGCUCGUCCAGUGGCCCCCGUGGCGAGGACGGGCCGUAUCUGGUCUGGCCCCGAGAUUAAAGUUUUGACAUCCGCGCCACCUGGAACAACUGACGCCGACUUAGCCCCUCUCCUCCCCGGCCGCUCUAUCACUGCCAUACGCUCCAAGAGGAAAUGCCUCCCGCAGGUUACUACUCUUGUCGGUGACGCCGAUCCUGCGCCCCGGGUCUCUCAGGAUGAGGAGCCGGACACGGCGGGGGCACAGCCCCCCGAUGACGUUCAGCGGGAUGACUCUCGUGCUAUCGUUGAGUAUAUAACUGGCCUCCUGCCUAAAAUUUCCGAUCCGUUACUCCGGAACAAGGCCGAGCAGGCCCUCAGCGAGCCCGACGGGUUCUCCACGUUUUACUAUGAAGUAUUCCCCAAAAACAGGACCACAAACAAACGCACGAAACCUCCUAUUAAAGCUGGAAUUCGGCGGCAUCGCCACCAACGCUCCGCCGUAUACAAAUUCCUACAAAGGCUCCAUUCUAGAAGCCCGAAGUCGGUGGCCGAGAGGGUCCUUGACAGCGAUCUCUCCUAUGAGGGACUCGUUGCCGAGCGCUCCUUCUCGGACGAGGACAUUCUACGCAAAUGGAAGCCGGUUUUCGAGCGUGACUGUUUUGCGGACCUGGCCGAUUCCCAUCGCGGCCCGUCGAUGAACGAGCUCUUGUCCCCCAUCCUCGUGUCCGAUAUUGCCUCCGCUCUUGCGUCAAUGAAAGAAUCUUCCCCCGACCUGAUGGCCUCCGCCUUAACACCUUACAGGAUAUCCCCCUAUUUUGUGAGAGUUUUCCAUCGAGUUCUUGCCUGCCGUUUUGAAGCAUCCCUGCCAAAUCAUCGUGACCAAGCCGGGUUUCAACGUCACGACGGGAUUGCUCAUAAUGUCCUGAAACUACAUGCGGCAAUAGCCGAAGCCCGCAAUAAGAACGAGAACCUUGUAGUUGCUUCCGUGGACAUUCGCAAGGCCUUUGACUCGCUCUCGCACAAGGCUCUCCUUGGCAUACUGGAACGGAAGGGGGUCCCAGACCCCCUUUUGCAUUACUUUCGCUCCUAUUUCAGCUCCAGCAGGUUGCAGAUCGGGAGGGAUCUGAUCCACCCUGCUCAUCGUGGGGUUAAGCAGGGAGACCCGAUGUCCCCUUGGCUCUUUAACAUCGCCAUGGACCAGAUCCUAGAGGGGCAGGAGGAGUACGCCUUUUCUAUCGGCGCGUUUGUAUUGAAUCAGAUGGCUUACGCCGAUGAUCUCAUUCUAUUCGCCAGCUCCCCUGAGGAGAUGCAGAGACGGAUUGACCGGCUUCUGGUCGGCCUUGGUAGACUCGGCCUCGAGCUUAAUGCCCUGAAAUGUCGCGUGUUGUGCAUUCGUGGGAACAAGAAGAGGAAGUUCUGUUAUGUGGACACAUCCGUGUCAGUGUUGGUGGACGGCGUUGCUCUCCCGGUUGUAACCGCCGAAUCCGAGUUUAAAUAUCUCGGAGUCUGUUUCAACUGGAGGGGCAUCGCCCGGACACCGCUUGGUCUCGACCAUCUUCUGACCAGGCUCGAUCGUGCUGCCCUAAAACCGCAGCAAAAACUGAACUUCCUUCGGAAAUUCUUGCUUCCGCGCUUACACCACCGCCUCGUUUUCGGUCGCCAUCAUAGGGCUGAACUAGUUAGGGGCGACAAGAUGACUCGUCGGGCGGUUCGUAGGUGGCUCCGGCUGCCUGCCGACUGUCCAAAUUCCGCCAUACAUGCUCCGGCGAGAUUCGGCGGUUUAGGGGUUGCUUCUCUGGAACAGCUCGUUUCCGCUCUUAAAAGCAAUCGCCUUAGCCUCUUUACCGAAGGGUACGCAGAAGAUGCGCCGUUAUCAUCUAUCCCCUCAGUCCGUUCCUUAAUGACGUACAGAUUCACACUUAUUCCAACUGCAUCCCGUGAGGGCCUGGUUUGA